UUGUGUUCUGUUUACUUUUAAAGUAUAGUGGUUGAUUCGUCGAAAUUACAUCUCCGUUUAACUCUGAGAUUUGAUUUAAUCGUUCGAAAUGGUGUAUAAGUGUUGUGUUCCACGUUGCAGAAGAAAUUACGAAAAUGGGCCACGACUAGCGGUGUUUUCUUUUCCUAAAAGCACUGAACUACAGCAGAAAUGGAUAUCGGCAAUACAUCGCAAAAAUUUCCAGGUUACACAGAAUUCGAAGGUCUGCGAGCUCCACUUCACAGAAGACCUCAUUCUGAAAUAUAGUGAAUAUUUCGGCAGUUCCACAGGGAAGAAAUAUUCUAUGCCACUUCCAAAACCUCGCCUUAAAACAGGAGCCAUACCAUCCAUUCUGCCUAACUGUCCGAAGUAUCUUUCGUCAGCUUCUUGUUCGAGGGAAAGUGGAGAUGAGAGACGAAAGGGUCUAGAAAAUAGAGACUUAGAAAUAGCUAUUGCAGCUAGUGUAGCAACUCAUGCUCAGUAUGAACAGGAAAGACAUUUUGUGGACUUUAAUGGUUUUGUUAAGUGUUUAGUGGGUAUCAAGCUGCCUAAUGACUGGCAUCUGAUAAAGUCAGAAAGUUCCAUAACUUUUGUUCUAAUAGACGUCAAAGAUAUUUCUCAAUAAUUAUGUUAAAAAUUAAUGACAGCCAUAUUGGCAGUAAAAUGAA